CCCGUAACGACAAAGCCAACAGAUCCCCUCCCAGUUCCUUUGCAGAGAUCGCGUUCUACUGAUCCGAGCCCGCCUCCCAUCUCCGGGGACGCAAGGCGAUGGACUGCUACAGCUGCCAAUCAGCAAGUGCGGCGACUGCCGGCCGGUUGCAGGUGUUCUCUCUACUUUGCGGCGCUUAGAGGAACCUCGCCUGGAAUCGGAGCUGCAGCUAAAUCCGACUGCGCGUUGCAGCAGCGGGCAAAAGAAGCAGCGCAGAACCUCGGGUGUCUUACAGGAAUAAAUAACUGGAAACAACUGGAAAUCAAGAGAUGGAGAAUAACAUAACAACCAUUUCUCGUGAGGAACUGGAGGAACUAAAAGAAGCAUUCAGUAAAAUAGAUAUUGAUAACAGUGGAUAUGUCAGUGAUUAUGAACUUCAGGAUCUUUUCAAAGAAGCAAGCCUUCCCUUGCCUGGCUAUAAAGUCGGGAAAUUGUAGAAAAAAAUUAUAGCAGUGGCUGAUAACAACAAGGAUGGCAAAAUCAACUUCGAAGAAUUUGUAUCAGUUAUUCAGGAACUGAAAAGUAAAGAUAUUAGCAAAUUCCGGAAAUCCAUAAACAAGAAGGGAAUUACUGCAAUUGGAGGAACAUCACCAAUUUCUAGCGAGGGGACCCAACACUCUUAUUCAGAGGAGGAGAAGGUUGCUUUUGUUAACUAUAACAAGGCUCUUCACGAUGACCCAGACUGUAAACACCUUCUCCCUAUGGAUCCAACAGAUGAUACUUUUAAGUCACUUGCUGAUGGCAUCCUCCUUUGCAAAAUGAUUAACUUAUCCCAGCCAGAUACAAUUGACGAAAGAGCUAUUAAUAAGAAGAAGCUUACUCCAUUCACUAUAUCUGAAAACCUAGAUCUUGCACUAAAUUCUGCUUCAGCUAUUGGCUGUACAGUAGUCAAUAUUGGAUCACAAGAUCUCAAAGACGGGAAGCCACAUUUGGUAUUAGGACUGUUGUGGCAAAUCAUUAAAGUUGGGCUUUUUGCUGAUAUAGAAAUCUCCAGAAACGAAGCUCUUAUUGGUUUGCUAAACGAUGGGGAAGAAUUAGAACAAUUAAUGAAACUGUCUCCAGAAGAACUCCUGCUACGUUGGGUUAACUACCAUCUGGAUAAUGCUGGAUGGAAGAGAAUAAGCAACUUUAGUCAAGACAUUAAGGACUCAAGAGCCUACUACCAUUUGCUGAAUCAAAUCACACCCAAAGGAAGCAACAAUGGAGAAACGGCGAUUGUUAUUGAUCUUUCGGGCCUCAAUGUAAGAAAAAAUGACCUGAAGAGGGCUGAAUAUAUGCUUCAACAGGCAGACAAACUGGGCUGCAAACAGUUUGUGACUCCUGCUGAUGUGGUUGCAGGCAAUCCUAAACUUAACAUGGCCUUCGUUGCAAAUCUCUUCAAUACGUACCCUGCCCUGCAGAAGCCCGAAAGCUCUUCUUAUGAUGUCAAUUUACUGGAAGGAGAAAGUAAGGAAGAAAGAACAUUCCGAAACUGGAUGAAUUCUUUGGGUGUAACUCCUUACAUUAACCAUUUGUACAGUGACCUUGCUGAUGCUUUAGUAAUCUUCCAGCUCUAUGAAAUGAUUCGUGUACCUGUACAAUGGAACCAUGUCAACAAACCACCAUAUCCUGCACUUGGGGGUAACAUGAAAAAGAUUGAAAAUUGUAACUAUGCAGUGGAACUGGGGAAGUCAAAGGCCAGAUUCUCAUUGGUUGGGAUUGGUGGUCAGGACCUCAAUGAAGGCAACCCAACGUUGACAUUGGCACUGGUGUGGCAGUUAAUGAGAAGGUACACUUUGAAUGUACUAUCGGACCUUGGAGGGGAAAAAGUAAAUGAUGCGGUUAUUAUUAAAUGGGUGAAUCAGACCCUUGCAAAUGCAAACAAGAGUACUUCAAUAACCAGCUUCAAGGACAAAUCCAUAAGCACUAGUUUACCUGUACUAGAUCUAAUAGAUGCUAUUGCGCCAAAAGCAAUCCGCCCAGAAAUGGUCAAGAGGGAAGAUCUUUCUGAAACAGACAAACUGAACAAUGCUAAAUAUGCUAUAUCAGUUGCUCGGAAAAUUGGUGCUUGUAUAUAUGCCCUGCCGGAUGACUUGGUAGAAGUGAAGCAAAUGGUGAUGACCGUCUUUGCUUGCUUGAUGGGAAGAGGACUGAACAAAAUAAAUAAAGAAGAUUUUUUUUACAAAUGUUUUCUGCCAUGAUAUACACAAUGAAUGCCUCAUUGUUUACAGACUAAUGGAAUUUAGUAGCUGUAAAACAGAGAUAAUUUAUAUAAACCAAUGUGGAGAUGUAUAGAGAGACUAUUUAAUAUAAGAAUUGUUAUAUUUAAGGUUUCAUCUGAAAAGUUUUAUAUAUCAGUAAUUUGUGAGCUAAUGUAAUGCAGUAAUCACCAAUAAGAUUACAAUGUUAUAUAGCCUUUUUAAAUGAAUAUGAUACAUGCUGUUUCAUAGUGCACAAAUUAUCAAGUGCUAUUUUAGGAACUGCUGUGAAAUUAAGUUUUUAUGUCAGUGUGUUAUUAACGUGUAGUCUGCACAUGAAAGACCUUGAAAGUCCUUGCCUUAUUAUAAGGGACUACCCAAACUCCUGUUGGAAUUUGGGCUUCAAAUUAAAAGCUUCUGAUCAUAAGGAUUCUUUCUAGGGAGUAAUUUUCAUUGCACUGAACGGGACUGACUUUAUCUAAGUAAAAACUCUGAGGUUCUGACUACUAAUUGAUUUAGGCUAUAAUCCUAAAGUCCCAUUGAAUUAUUUGGGGCUUACUUCUAGUAGACAUGGUGAGGCUUGCACUGUUAGUAAUCAACAAAAGUUUUAGUUGAUUAAUUGAUGUACAUUUUAAUUGUUGCGGGUGAAUUUAAUUUGCUGGAGUUGCAAGGUAAGAUCUUGGGAAGUGUAGAGGGGGUAGCUGUUCUGGUUCUAAUGUAUUUGGAAGUUAAAAAUACUAAACAAUGAGGGCAGCUGUAGCUAUAACACCUUGUUCCUUUGCCUUCAUUAAAAUACUAAGGUUGAGAUACGAGACUGGGACGUCCCUUAUCAAAAUCC